AUGGAUCCGCUUCCCAAAGAAGGGGCGCCUGCCCCGGCGGCGGCGGGGGCCGGGGAGCCCAGCAGGGGCACUGCCUCCUCCAGCGGGGUGGUGGUGCAAGUCCGGGAGAAGAAGGGACCCCUGCGCGCUGCCAUCCCCUACAUGCCGUUCCCCGUGGCGGUCAUCUGCUUGUUCCUCAACACCUUCGUGCCAGGGCUGGGGACAUUCGUGUCUGCCUUCACUGUGCUGUGCGGAGCCCGGACUGACCUCCCUGACAGGCACAUGUGCUGCGUCUUCUGGCUGAACAUCGCCGCGGCGCUGAUUCAGAUUCUGACGGCUAUCGUGAUGGUUGGCUGGAUCAUGAGUAUAUUUUGGGGGAUGGACAUGGUCAUUCUUGCUAGUAAGUACGGCGCGAUCAUUGUCUCCACCCCCACGUUGUUAGGGCUCAGCUAG